CUUGACGGUGCAUUUUAUAACUAUGCCAUGUGGUGGAAAAUCGUAGGCGUAUACCUAUAAAAAACUCAUAAAAUAUCGCAGGCCAUAUUGGCCAUUACCACAGACUAGCAGUAUAUAACAAUGGAUUCAUGUUUUUAACCUACUCCAUUGCCGUAAAUAUAGCAAGCCUCAUGUUUCUUACACCGUUAUGAAAAAUUAUUUAUUAUGAAAUUAACUACAGAUAUAUUUAUCGUGCUCUUUUAUACAAUAGCUGUACGUUUAGUUAGUGCUAGAAAUGCUUUAAAAUUCAGCAAGAAGGACAUUAAUCCCGAUAAAAAGGAAGGACGACGGAUGUUCAAUACGAACUUUGAAGAAGCAUAUCCACAACCUUUGCCAACGACUGCGUCAAAGAGUAAUCUUAUUAUUACACGUCCGAGUAUAUACCAAGGAGUGAGGUUCGACAAUGAUGUCAGGGUCUAUAGGCAACGGUUUGAGUAUAAUGCUACCGCAGACGGGCAGCGUAUCCUGUGUCAAGGGAUGUUUGAUUGUUUGAUAGCGUAUAUAGCGAUAGAAUCGUCAGAAGCAAUUCCCGUGCUGCUGAGAGGAGGCGUCGGUUACAGACACUUUACGGCUAUCAUCAAAUCAAAACCUAAUCACGAUCUCAAGGGACAAGUCCGGGCCUACUGUCGAAAUAAAGAAGGCCGUACUUUCACAGACAACAGCAAAGAAAAAACAUCGAAACUUAAGCUUAAAACAACAACUGUACGUCCAAAAAGAAGAUUUGUUUUCGAAGAGCUUGAAUCCGAAAGGGAUGACUUCGAUUUUGGUUUAAGAUAUCAAAUAUCUUCAACUGCCGCUCCUACUUCAAAAAUGCCAAUAAAUGAUAAUAAGUUACGUAGGUAUCUAGGUUAUAAUAGAGACUUGGGCACAAUGGUUUAAUAAUUGUAACAACUAGCCGUUUUGUUCGCGUAGUAAUUUUCAAGGAAAACAAUGUUUUUGAAAGAAAGAAAGGUAAACAAGUCGUUCAUUAAAUUUUCGUCGAAUCUGUUUAGCUAUUUUUGUAGAUAUUUAUAGAUAAUAGCUGAAAUUACUUAUUAAUAAAAUAUAGGUACUUAUAAUUAUGUAACAGCCAGCUAGCUAAAUAAGCCAUUGUAAUAAGGGCCUAGCCUGUUUAUUAAUAGAUAUCGCGGUACAAUUAUGGUAGUUAUAUAGCUGUUUAUUUCUAAUGGC